AUGUUUUCAUUGACACGAAUAUUAUUUAAUAAGUUAAUAUAUUCCGAUACUGCGGUUGUUGCUCCAUUAGAAACUUUAAAUACAAAUUUAAAUUAUAAAAUCCUUGAUGACUUUGUUGGUAAAAUGACUGAUUCAACCUUGAAAUUUUUAUCAAAUAAUAAUUCUUCUACUACACAAUCAUUUGUAUCUUCAGACGUACCAACAAAUCGUUUUAGCGUUGAAUCUGUUGAUAAUAAUAAUGGUAUAUAUGGAAAUGAUAAAAAACCACGUAUGACUUUUAUUAAACUAACGCAGUAUUCAAUAAAUACAAUCAAUGAACUACCAGAAAAAUCUCUUGAUGAAGAUCGAUAA